CCGUGGCCUCGUAUGAUGUCGCUGACAGUUGUUCCACAUCUAUAAAUAGGAAACAUGCUGUUAAUAAAUGACCCCAAUGGAACCUGUAAUCUCGCGAUAAUUCAAUGUAGCAUAGCUAUCAUAACAGGAAGUAAGAAGUAUGUGACUAGUUAAUUUUUUAACCCCAAAGUAAGGGCAGAACAAACUGUUGGUAAUGACAAGGGGAAUUUAACUGCACCUUUAAAUUAUACCGCAACGCUAAUACUGCCCUCAUUUAUGUUCCUGUUUCAUUGCGUAUCGUUCAUCGUAGGGUUAGCAUUUUGCUAACGUUAGCUCAUCGUUUCGCCUGUUGACGUCAAUUUUAUUGGACAGGUCCGUUUCCUGAACCUGUAUUGUUGAUACAGGUAGUCUAAACCUUAGAUUACGGAUUUGUAGAAGUAACUCGGAUAUGAAACGCCACAGUCCGUUAACUUACUCUGUCGUCUAUCAUUGGUAGGCUACCAGUUUGUUUCUGUUGUGAUUUCGUGUUAACUCCUCUGUUUUAAAGUCGAACCAUGCAUGUGAAGGAAAGGACGAUUGGCAUUUUAAAGCGGUUUGACAUUGGAAACAGGUUCUCCUAUCUACCGACGAUGCCUAAAGCCUCAGUACUGAUCCCGCUGUUUGUGAAGAAAGGAGAGCUGCACACACUGAUGACCUUACGAUCAAUGCAGCUGAGGUCCGGUGCUGGAGAGGUGUGUUUCCCCGGUGGGAAGAGAGACCCCGUUGAUAAAGAUGAUGUGGACACAGCCCUGAGAGAGGCAGAGGAGGAGAUAGGUCUGCCACCUGACCAAGUUCAGGUGGUUUGUAGACUGUUUCCUGUUAUAAAUAAGAGUGGCCUGUUGGUGACCCCAGUGGUCGGCUUCAUUGAUGAAACAUUUUGUCCCUGUCCAAAUCCAGCUGAGGUCAGUGCUGUGUUCUCCGUACCUUUGGAUUUCUUUACCAGUGAGAAGGACCACUUCACUGCUAAUGGCAUCACUGGGACAGUGGGACCUUUGCACUCUUUUUAUUUUAUGGACUCUAAUUCUGGAAGCCAGUAUCACAUAUGGGGCCUGACUGCUGUGUUGGCCAUCCUGGUAUCUGCACUUGCUCUCAAGAAAAAGCCAGAGUUUGAUGUCGGUUUUGACUUUGAGAAUCCACUGUCCUUCUUUGAACAGGUUUUGCAGAGAAGAAUUAGUAAACUAUAGCAACUUGUUCCUUAUGGAUGCUACAUUUUUUAAAUAUAAGAAGUAUUAAAACAUUCUAACUGCAG